UUUAUUCGAUACUUUGUUUGUUUGUUUCCCAUGGCGGGCCAUAACUAACUAUCGUGUAUUUCUACUUGUCAUCAUUCAGCUCUGCGGCUUGCAUUUCAAAAGUCAUGUUUCGCAACCAAUAUGAUAGCGAUGUUACGGUGUGGAGUCCGCAAGGACGCCUACAUCAGGUGGAGUACGCAAUGGAGGCCGUGAAACUCGGCACCGCAACUGUGGGUCUGAAAAAUAGAGAAACCGCCGUGUUGGUUGCCUUGUGCAAGCCGACAUCAGAGCUCUCGGCCUCCCAGCGCAAGAUAAUCCCAAUUGAUGAUCACUUGGGUAUAUCUAUUGCGGGAAUUACAGCGGACGCCCGUGUGCUUAGCCGGUAUUUGCGCUCGGAGUGUUUAAACUAUAAGCACUCGUACGAUUCCACUUAUCCGGUUUCCCGGCUGAUCACAAACCUAGGAAACAAGAUGCAGACUACCACUCAGCGCUACGAUCGUCGUCCGUAUGGAGUGGGUCUUUUGGUAGCCGGCUAUGAUGAAAACGGUCCGCACAUCUACCAAGUCACGCCAUCGGCGAUCUUUUAUAAUUGUAAAGCCAAUUCGAUUGGAUCACGGUCGCAAAGUGCACGCACCUAUUUGGAACGCAAUCUUGGCUCAUUCUUGGACUGUUCCAAUGAUGAUAUCAUCUGUCACGGCAUUCUUGCUAUUCUCGGGUCCCUGCCCACCGAUGAGCACCAGAGCAAAGAGAAUUCAGCUCAGUUUAACAUUACGGUGGCCAUCGUCGGUAAGAAUCAGCCAUUCAAAAUUCUUUCGGAGAAGGAAAACGAGAAAUAUCUUAAGAUGGCAAAGGAGAAGGGCACCCCAGCUGAUCCUCCCAGAGGCGACGACGACGAUGAUGACCGCCCAUCCACCUCAGACCAACCAGAUCAGGGACCCCGCGAACCUCAGGUCCUUGUUGCCACCGAGCAGCGUCCUUAGGCUCUUAUAGGAAUGUGAAAGCAUCUUAACCAUUAAGAAUGUAAGAUUGGAGGAUACAAUAAAAUUGUUCAUGCAUUUGCAUACAUCUUAAAACAGA